UGCGGAAGUAUAGAUUUCAAACACAACACAGCCCGGACGGGAGACGCUAACGUCAGCCGAUUGUAUUUCUCGUUUUAAUCUUUAUCUCGCCUCCAAUCAGCCCAGUAAUGGACGGAUCAGUCAGAGCAUCUUCAGACGCCGCAGCUGGACCACCGACUUAUUACAGAGGAAAUGAAAGCUCCCUGGUUUCAGCCCUGAAGACACUGCUGUUUUUUACGAUCCUGAUGGUCACACUACCCAUUGGACUCUACUUCGCAACAAAGGCGUACAUCUUUGAGGGUUCCAUGAAGAUGUCAAGCUCUGACAGCUACUUCUAUGCAGCCAUUGUGGCAGUGCUCGCUGUGCAUGUGGUAUUGGCCCUGUUUGUCUAUGUGGCCUGGAACGAAGGCACGCCUAAAGGGAAGGGCAAACACGAUUAAGGCAUGUCCUUAUCAGCUCAUAAGACCGGAGGAGAUGGACAGACACGGGCAUGGAUUCGCGCCCCCCCCCCUUACCCACACCCCAACCAUGGGCUCCAGCAUGAAACAAAGCACCAUCUACCAACCAGACAGUUAGGGGAUCUGGUUUGCGUGAAGGCUUUAACGUGAAGGUUAAAGCAUGAACUACUGUAUGAUUCCUGGCAUGGGGGAGUGGUGGCUGUUGGGUGUGUUUUUUUUCCACAAGCCUCAGCAGGCCUGCUUUUUGACUUUUUGUUCUCUGAAAAUGUUACUUUUGUGAUAGAGGACGGCCCUAGUUUUUAAAAGGCUUUGUUAUAAACUGCCAUUUGGUUAAGUGCUGCAAGUCCCUUCACAGUGAGAGUUUGUCGUGUAAGAAAACAUCUUAGGUUUUGGAUGAUGUGUGUGAGCGUGCACAUGCAUGCACACACACACACGCACACACUGUAUGUGCUUGUAAUGUGUACGUAUGAAGGAUGUGAUUCCAAAAUGCUCUACAUUCAUUCUGUUCAAAUUUGUGCUACUGAAUUCAUCAUUCUGUCCUUAAAUUUCAGUUCUUCUCUGCAUACACUUAAAGAUGACUAUUAAUCAAUAUAAACCUAUAAUGUGCUCAACGUUCAUGUUGAAUUUUGGAUCAAAAUCCUCACAAUGUCUUGUCCUUCCAAAUAAUCUCACUGAUCUCUUUGUCCUUUUAAACAAGUGUUUUUUCUUUCUGUUUUUAAGUGUUUAUGUACUGUAGUUCAUUGAUUUUUUUUGGAACUUUAAAUUAGGAAAUUAUUGCAAGAUGAAAUUGUAUUUAAAGAAAUGUUUUGUAAGCUGUUUGGUGAUUUGAGGAUGUAGAUGUCAGUGGAGUCGCUGUGAUGCAGAAAAGAUGGUUGAUUUGCUCAAAUAAACUUGAAAGAUUGUAAA